AGAUCUCACGUGACCAAGAGCUGACGUGUGCAGAAGUCCUUCUUGUUCUGGUCCUUGUUCCCGUCUGAGUACCAGCUCCCCAUUGCCCUGAGGGCCAGCGGGCCUGCGGCAGAGGGAAGGAGGAGGAGAAGAAGGAAAUUGUCCCGGAUUCUUGCAGGGGGUCCGAGCCUCUUCUGGGUUGCCAGUCUUUCCGUAGGUUGGGCACUACGCCAGGCAAGAGAAGAGGAAGGAAAUUAACCCCAAUCGGUGAAGGUCGAUUUGAGGGUCUGCUGUAGCAGGUGGCACCACUUGAAGAGAGGGAGGAAGUUUCCUCGGAUCAGUAGAGACUAGGAGGGUUGUUGGGCGUGGCACACCUCUAGGGGAGGGAAGAAGGGACAAACUGCCUGUCUGGAGGAGGUCCACCUCCAGUAUCAGCUACUGUGGCCUUGACGUGGCUGAAGACGAUCACUUUCCACAGGCCUGCACGCAGGCCCAUAGCCCUCCUCUCCCAGCCUGACUGAAUACUCUGUUCCUUGGUCCCUGCUAUUGUCAGGGACGAUUGCAUGGGCUACGCCAGGAAAGUAGGCUGGGUGACUGCGGGACUGGUGAUUGGCGCUGGAGCCUGCUAUUGCAUUUAUAGACUGACCCGGGGAAGAAAACAGAACAAGGAGAAAAUGGCUGAGGGUGGGUCUGGGGAUGUGGAUGAUGUUGGGGACUGCCCUGGGGCCCGGUACAAUGACUGGUCUGAUGAUGAUGAUGACAGCAGUGACAACAAGGGUAUAGUGUGGUACCCACCUUGGGCCCGGAUUGGGACUGAGGCUGGAACCAGAGCACGGGCCAGAGCAAGGGCCAGAGCUACCCGGGCUCGCAGGGCUGUUCAGAAACGGGCUUCCCCCAAUUCAGACGAUACUAUUUUGUCCCCUCAGGAGCUGCAGAAAGUUCUUUGCUUGGUGGAGAUGUCUGAAAAACCUUAUAUUCUUGAAGCAGCUUUAAUUGCUCUGGGUAACAAUGCUGCUUAUGCAUUUAACAGAGAUAUUAUUCGUGAUCUGGGUGGUCUCCCAAUUGUAGCAAAGAUUCUCAAUACUCGGGAUCCCAUAGUUAAGGAAAAGGCUUUAAUUGUCCUGAAUAACUUGAGUGUGAAUGCUGAAAAUCAGCGCAGGCUUAAGAUAUACAUGAAUCAAGUGUGUGAUGACACAAUCACUUCUCGCUUGAACUCAUCGGUGCAGCUGGCUGGACUAAGAUUGCUUACAAAUAUGACUGUUACUAAUGAGUAUCAGCACAUGCUUGCUAAUUCCAUUUCAGACUUUUUUCGUUUAUUUUCAGCGGGAAACGAAGAAACCAAAUUUCAGGUUUUGAAACUCCUUUUGAAUUUGGCUGAAAAUCCAGCUAUGGCUAGAGAACUGCUCAGGGCCCAAGUGCCAUCUUCGCUUGGUUCCCUCUUUAACAAGAAGGAGAACAAAGAGGUUAUUCUUAAACUUUUGGUCAUAUUUGAGAACAUAAAUGACAAUUUUAAAUGGGAAGAAAAUGAACCUACUCAGAAUCCAUUCAGCGAAGGUUCACUGUUUUUCUUUCUAAAAGAAUUUCAAGUGUCUGCUGACAAGAUUCUGGGGAUAGAAAGUCACCAUGAUUUUUUGGUGAAAGUAAAGGUUGGAAAAUUCAUGGCCAAACUAGCUGAGCAUAUGUUCCCAAAGACCCAGGAAUAACUUCUUGAUUUUGUAGUUUAGAAGCGACACACAUUGUAAACUAUUCCUUUUUCUCCACCUUGUUUAUAUGGUAAAGGAACCCUUUCAGCUGCCAAUUUUGAGUGAUGAAUAUCAUUGUAUCAUCAAUGCUGAUGUUUAGCUGAGUUGGUUUUCAGGUCUAAGCUGGGUGAAUGAACAUCACUAUCUGUUCUGAAAACAUGUUUGUUGCUUUUUAUCCCGCUACGUAGAUUGAAAUAUUUCUACUAUUUCUUUUGCGUGACAGUGAACCAGUUGGUCAUAAGUAAGCUCCCUCCUGUCAUUUGCAUUAACUUUGUGUAUCAUCAAUAAAGUUGUGUGUUAAUGUUGAAAAAAAAAGAAA